AGCAUCAACGGAUAGGGAAAAAGAGUCACUGAACACCUUUAAAGAAGCCUUAAAACAGCUUUCACAGAUGAUGAAUGAACUUAGAGGUGAGAAGGAAGUGCGGAAACGCUCAGCUUUUUGUGAGCGUUUCCUUUGAUUUCAGUCAACUAUUGGAAGAUAUUCUGCCCACAAGAACUCAGUAAUCGUAUAAAAUUGAGUCUUUGAUGUAUUUGAAUAACUCUUAAUUUAGCCAAUUUCUUGAAAACAGAUCAAUCGUUUCCUUUUGAACUUUAGUGUCCGCAGGGACGGAGAAAGAGUUACUGAUGAAAGAGCUGAAAGCAUCUAGAGAUAGGGAAAAAGAGUUAUUGAACUCCAAAGAAGCCUUUAAACAGCUGUCAGAGAUGAUGAACGAUCUUAAAGGUGAGAAGGAAGUGAAACGCUCAGCUUUUUGUGAGCGUUUCCUUUGAUUUCAGAUAACUACUGGAAGAUAUUCAGCCCUCAAGAACUCGGUAAUCGUAUACAAUUGAGUCUUUGAUGUAUUCGGAUGACUCUCAUUUUAGCCAAUUUCUUGACAACAAAUCAAUAGUUUUCUUUUGAACUUAAGUUUCCACAAAGGCAGAAAAAGAGUUUCUGACGAAAGAGCUGAAAUCAUCCAGAGAAGAAGUAAAACAGCUUUCACAGGAGAUGAAUGAAGUGAGAGGUAGGACCAAGACAUAGAAACUUGUACCUCCUUUUUUAAGCGUGUCUUUUGACUGAUUUACGAUGCUAAACCAACAAUUAUCUGCUCACAAAAACCGGUAAUUGCAUACAUUUAUUGUCAUCAUUCCCAGUCAAGACACCUUCAUUAAAGCUAAUAAAAUGUUGCUCUUUCAACUUAAGCAUCAACGGAUAGGGAAAAAGAGUCACUGAACACCUCUAAAGAAGCCCUAAAACAGCUUUCAGAGAUGAUGAAUGAACUCAGAGGUAAGAAGGAAGUGAAACGCUUAGCUUUUUGUGAGCGUUUCCUUGGAUUUCAGAUAACUAUUGGAUAUUCUACCCACAAGAACUUGAACUCGGUAAUCGUAUACAAUUGAGUCUUUGAUGUAUUUGAAUAACCCUUUUUUAGCAAAUUUCUUGACAACGAAUCAAUCAUUUCCUUUUGAUUUGCUUUCAGUGUCCGCAGAGAAGGAAAAAGAGUUACUGACGAAAAAGCUGAAAUCAUCUAGAGAAGCCGUGAAACAGCUUUCACAGGAGAAUAAUGAACUGAGAGGUAGGACCGAGGCAUAGAAACUUGUACCUCCUUUUUAAUCGUGUCUUUUGACUAAUUUACGAUUUAACAGUUUCAGAAGCAUUAACAGCAAACACCAAGGGGCUCGUGAAAAUGGUUUGAUAAAUAUGGAUUUAUAGAUAUUAAAAAACUCACGCUUCCCUCGUAUAAACAAUACCUAAAACCGUUAAGGAUAAAACAGCGGCGAAAAAGCGACUAUUUAUCUCCAAAAUCGUUUCUUUGCACGUCGAAACAACCUUUCCCCACUUGCAAUGCUUGCCCCGUGGCCAUCCCAGAGAUCUUUGCGCAAACGCAAGGAUCCGAUUUUUGGCAACUUAUUCAUUGCCGUCGCUUUUAAUCAUUGACAAUGGUUGGCUUGGUAAUUAAGGAAAGCCAAAAGAUUUCUUGUCUCUGUAACACAACCAUUAUUCAGGAAAUCUAGAAAUCUACAAAGAAAUGUGAUUUUGUCUCUGUUCCUUUCUUUUAGCGGCAGCGCCAUCGGAUGAAUAUGAUGAAACAGAUUCUUCAAGCCCGACGCUUUUUAAAAAAUUUAAAGGUAACAUUUUUAGAAGCAACCUCGUCAAAAAGUGUGUGAAAUGUUAUGUGAAUAAUAGGGUGACAAUUCUCACGGUGCAUUCACGUAGUUUUAUCAGUCAUUUAACUUAAAAAGUUCGUACACAUGUGAGAUUUGCCACAUGAAGAAGGCAUGUGAAAACAUAUGAAAAGCAUGUGAAUAAUGUUAGCGAUCCUUUUCACUUUCUUUUCUCGUAAAUGCGUGACAAACCUCAAUUUAUAAACCAGCGGUGGAGUUACAUUUUCACAUAAUUUUCAAAUAUUCAUCAAACAAAUUUCACAUAAUAAUUGUGCAUGGAUGUCUCAUGUGGAAAGAAUGCACAAAGGUCUUAUUUCAAAAGAAUUAUUUUGCCGGCAUUGUUGUUUGCUAGUGCUCUGUUAAUCAUAGCUCUCUUAACCAAAUUCAGUUACAAAUGUUUUCGUGCAGCCUAUUCAUUCCUGAGAGAAAGGAAAAAGUCGAUUACAUUCUGAUUCGCUUUCUUGGAAGCUAAUUAAGCCGUCGUGAUUUGAGAGUAAAUGGUCAGUUAAGAAAACUAUUGCUGUCAUAACAAACAACGUAAUGUCUAAUAAAAAGACGUGAUUUUGAUGAUACUUAUUGGUGUAGCUUGAACCAAUCCGAUCAAAUUGAGAAACGACCUAACCAACUUCACAACUUUCGCAGUAGAAUAACGAAACGUCAUGUUUUAAUCUUGGUACUUUUUAUAGUGAAAAGUUUUCCACACUCCUGCAGAAAAAUCACGUAGAUAUUAUGGGUAUCUGCAAAUCUGUUGCAAGUUUGUCUUACAUAUACGUCGUUCGCAGGGCUGGGUGUAAUCCGUUUCGCUAGCUCUUGCGCUCGUUUUUUUUUUUACAUGCUUGCUUCAAGUAGCUUCUGACCCCUACAAAGAGUUUUGAUUUGAAUUGAAAUUUCACAGACAAUGGUAAUUUUGACAAGCUUAUCUCAGGCUAUCUCAGCUAUCUCGACCACCGCCUUUCCCCCGCCUGCUCUUUUAGUUGUCUCCAUUGAACAAAAUCUGAACCUGGUUACACAAAGCUGAGACAGAAAAAGGGAAAAUGACAACGAUUUUUUCUUCUGUUGUAGGCUUCUUUGUCUCAAAGUCAUCCACAGCGGGAAGGCGUUCACAUCAAAAAACUCAAUUGAAAGAGCUUGAAGUAACUUCAGAAGGUAUUUGUUUUGUCAUUUCGGAAUCAUGGAGAGCUCCUUAAGUUUUAUUCUUCUUUCAGUUUCCUUUCAACGCAGGGGUGGAUGUAUAUUUGACUUUGUCUAUACAUUGUUUCAAGAAGCAUUCAUUUUGUUAAUGAUUCAAAGAUUCACUAAUAAUGCAAUGACGUGGUUUGCUGUCUGUGGCUAAAUCCUGCUGUAAUCGGAGUCAUCUUUUGGUGGAACCUGUUAAAACACUACAUUUUGCAUAAAGAAGGUUGUGAAUUUGAACUUUUUACGCCCCGGUAGGGAUCAAAUUCUCUUACUGUACCAUUUUCUUUUGGUUUGAGUCUACUUUCUACUUCCCAAAGACCAACCAUCGUGUAUCAAUGCGGGUCAAGCAAACAUACAGGAUUGCGCAAAUGAGCGAGGAGAGUGCGUUUACCUAGUUGUACCUCAUCCUUAAACCUCUUCUCGCUUUCUACUUGUGAAAACAUAUCCCUCGAGAUGCUUUCUUGCUAAGCUAAUAAAUUAAGCUUAUUCAACUUAAGCUUCGACGGAGAGGAAAAAAAGAGUCCCUUAAGAAAGAACUGGAAAACUCCGGAAAGGCAGGGAAACGACUUUCAGAGGAGCUGGAUGAUUCAAGAGGUUAAGGACGCAAUGAAACGUUAAUUUUAUGGACUAAGCAUUUCUUUUGAUUCAUGAUCGAAAUUGAGCCAAGUUGAACGAAUAUCUGUCCAUAAAGAUUGGUAAUGGUACACAAGCAUUAAAUUUACUGUGACAUAGUUCCCAAUCAAGACACCUUCAUUAUAGCUAAGAAAUCGUUGCCUUUCCAACUCAAGCAUCCAGGGACAGAGAAAAAGAGUUACCUACAAAUGAGCUGCAAGCCCCCAGAGAGGCCAGAACACAUCUUUCGCAGAAUAAGAGUGAGCGUAAAGGUAAGGAGCUAUUGAAAAGGUAUACCCUCUUGUGCGAGACUAUCACUCUUUACAACAAACCCGACAUUCGUAAGUCCACUGACUGAUGGUCGACCGAAAAAGCCAACCACGACAGUUCUAGGUCACUUUUAAAUCACGUCAGUAGCUUUUUACUUAAUACUUCGCCGUAACUCUCAAUCGUAGUUAUCUUUGUCGAGUUAUUGAUUUUUUGGUUUGACUUCUGCUCUAUAUAAAGCUUCAGGCAAGAGACUAAAAGAGGAACAAGGGAACGUCAAAGAAAUGGAAAAACUUAGGGGUAAGGUUUAACUAGCAAUGGAUUGUAUCGGCGCGAUAACGUUUGUCGGCAACUUUCUUUAAGAUUCACAACAAUGGUGCGGCAAAGUAGAAUAUAAUGGGCAGAGACUGCAGAGAGAAGGCUCACCGCUAGAAAAGGACGUGAAGAUGAGGUCAAACGAGAUUUCUGCAGGGUGCUUAGGGAUUUUUGAAUAUACAUCCGAAUCAUCAGAUUGAAUUGGUUUGUUUCGCUACACUCUAUGAUUUAUCUGAGGGGCCUCCAAUCAUGAUUUCGUUCAAAAAACUAAAUUAAAAAGAAGAACCUUUUGAGCACUUGUUGCUUUAAUAUUUCACAAGCUCCUUUUAUUUUCCUUAAUAAGCUCACUUUUGCUAAAAUGAGUUUUUUCGGUUUUGAUAUCACGACAAAGGAAACUUGUUCUUGUAGUGCAUCUAUUCAUCCCCUACUUCUUUUAAAUAACAAAUAUAGUAGGAAAAUAUUGGAUCGUGCUCUUUUGUCAUCUGAAACGGAACACUGAAAUGCCACGCUAUGAUUAGUUUGACGCCCAAUUUUUUAGUUGUGCGAGAGAUUAGCAGCACUCUUCUUUAAGAACAAGCACCAAGUCGUUAAGGUGGUAAUUCGGGAGUGCCCGAAGGUUCAUCCUUCCUGUGGCAUAAGUAUAAGUAUUCAGGAUAUUUAAGCAUUUAACCACACUUUCUAUCACUGGGUUGCCAGGAUGUUGGUAGAACAAGUCAGAGAAAAGUUUGUAAACCACAAGGCGUAGUCAAGUAUUUUCAAACUUUUUGAGUGUUCUCCCAACAUUUUAAGUGGUUUAUUAGCCAGUAGAAAGUGUCGUUUAUUGCUUCUCUGACACAAGUAAUUGUGUCAGAGAUAAUGAUAAAUUUAACCUUAUUUUGCGAUCAAGCCGCCGAUUCUCAUCAAACCGGUCAGAAAAGUGCGAUAAACCAAUCAAAGCGUCGGAAACUGAAUGAACUGCCGACCAGAAAAGAGAAGGUCUGAUUGAUUGAUCGCUGAAUGAAAGCAAUAACACGGAGAAACUGAGCAGAAAUUGUUAUGAAAAUCAACGAGAAAGAUCGAUAUGUAAAAUGACGACGCAAAUUAUACCGUGCUACUGAAGAAUAAUUCAAUUUGGACGCAGAAAAUGCGAUUUUGUGAUCAGGACUGGCCUACAGCUUACAGUUUUACUGAAUGAAAAGGAGGGAAAGCUCGACAAAAAUAUGUACUGAGCUUUUCAACGAAACUGACUCUUUCUAUGUCAAAGGUGGACUGUUGUCGUCGUCUGAAGAGUCAAAUAUGAGUUUUAUUUGUUUAUAAGUUUGUUGUUGUUGCACUGGCUUUAAACCAACUUUUACCGGAGUUUUUUGUAGUAUGAACACCCAGAUAAAAAGGUGCAUUUUGUUUGUUCAUGGACUCUGGUCUCUAUUCAGAAUAGAUCUUGAAUAGAACAACAGGAUCUCGUUCGCGCGGUAAAUUUGGAGUCGCGAAAGCUUUAGGUUUGAUCGGUUGGACAUUACGUGGAUCAGCUCCACUUCUAGUUUUAAUUUGUCUUUCAGAAAAAUGUAAAUGGUCAGCUCCAUCUGCAUCUUUCAUGAGGUGAAGGUCUCCCCAGCACAUUUGCUGAUGCUCUCCACAUCUUCGUAGACCAAAAAGCAGUGAGUCGAAGAGCCAGAGUGUGUUUGUCACUGUUUCUCCGUUUGAAAUUCCUAGGAGGCUUUUUUAGCAGAGAAUAUUGAUCCCAUCGCUUAAGGCUUCUGUUCCUUUAGGUUUAUUUCCUUUUCCCUCCUUUUUAAGCUGCUUGUUUAUAGCUUCAAGACAUUUUCUUGCGCGUUCAAAAGCAACGUCUUCGAUGACACUGACGGGAUCAUUACAUUCUUUCAAAUGUCGAUUAAACUUGAAAACAGACCUCUAAGACUUGGAAGUUCAAAGUCUGCCCUCUUUUCACUUCACACGAAGGAUAAACUCGCAGAUGUAUUCGUUCAAUUCUCUGGCUUCGAUGUCUUCAGGAUUUCUUUGCUCGUGUCUUUUUUUUAUCUCAGAAAUUCGAUGAGUAGCUUCACAUCUCGUGAAUUUUUGCUUUGUUGCUCGAUAAUGUAGUCGUCAAUUUACUUUCCUAAAUGCUCAAAUCUCGUGGAUCCUUGAGCCAUCGUUAAAAGUACAAGUAUUGUACUUUUGGUACGAAACUUUUCUCGCUAUGGAGGUUUGACAAGUCUCUCCUAAUUGGACGAAUCGCAUCACGCACUAGUGAGAAAGCCAUUUUGCUGCUGUGACUGGCUAUUAGAAUUUUUAAGCGAAUUUUCUAAUGAAGAGAACUGUGAGUAAUUCUCAGUAUGUAUAUAAUAUCUAAGAUUUAAUCUAUUUCUUCUGAUAUUUUGUUUUAGCUGUGUCGCCAUCAAAUGAAUGUGAUGGGCCAGGUGCAUCAAGGCCAACGCUUUUCAGGAAGUUUAAAGGUAUCAUUUCAAGAGCUGAGCUAAACUGUCAAAUGGCGUGGGAGAAAAUUUGACUGUAUUUUUUUUUAUUUCUAAGAGCCGUCGUAAAUAUUCCCAUACAAACUCUUAUAAUUUUGCUAUGACUCUCAUUUCGCAAGAUGAUCAUCUCACAGGUGGAGCUUGGGCCGCCUGUGCUUCCGCCAAACAUCUUAAGGCACGAUUUAGUCAACUGAUGCGUAAGAUUAUUGUAUUUAUAUGUCUCUGACUCCCUUAAAACCUAUUUUAUAUAGUUUUGUUCUCGGCUUUGCUAUCAACACAUGAUGUGGACAGGAGAGGUUGAAUAUAGGUUUUUAAUUAACUGUGUUUGAGUCCAACUUGACCAAGAUAUGAUUUCUCUGACUCGCAAAAUCAUUACUCCACCGUUUCGCAAUUAAAACACUGUGUCCGUCGAGAAGCCCUUCUGUCCAAACCAGCCAUUUUUAACGUAUACGGCGAAGGUUACCCAUACAAAUCAUAUUUUAUGUGGAUAUGAUGGUCGCAAAAAUGAGGAAAUUACAAGUGCAUUUUCCUUUGUUUCUUAGGCUUUUUCGUCUCAUCAAAGUCAACACGACAGGGAAGGCGUUCACAUCAAAAAAAACCGAAAGAGCCUAAAAGUAACACCGAAGGUAAUUUUUAGUCAUUUCGGCAUAAAAGUUUUCCUCACCUUCAGGAAGUGAAGUCAUCCAUGUUAAACAGUAUUAGGAUGAGACUAGAAAUUAUACAUAUAUUCUCUUGAAUGAGACCAGUUUGUCUAGUCUAGUUUUGUUCAGUAAAAUGCUGAACAUUGUCUGUGGACAGUAGCUGUUUUAUAGGUUCGUUUCGUGAAAAUUAAUCCAUUUGUUAUCACAAGAGACUGCCCAAAACUAUGAGUCUCUAUUUGCAUAGAAGCAUGUUCAUAAAAGAUAUUUAGAAAUUCAGAAUCCACUGCUCAGGCGCGUAUUCGGAAGAUCCCAUGCAUCACCUCGUUCUCAUUUUCAAAUUCACAAACAAAAAGUUCAAACUGAAUGCUUGAAAUCUUCUCGAGCCGAAAAAGUUACCCUCUAAACUAAAUUUAGACUGGGUCUAUAAAUUUGAAAGAUAAAUUCGAUUUUCAAACUUUCAUUAAGUUUCUCAGGAAACUCAUAGCGACGUGAAACAGCCAUGUCAUUUCGAAUUUUCAUUUAUAAUCGCAGCUUCUUCAGGAAUGCAGCUGUUAGCCGGCCCAUCUCAUGAAGACCAUCUUGAAUAUGUUCAAGAGCACGAAGAGAGAACAGACAGACUGGAAAUUUUAGGAAGUGAAGAAGUGGAAAUGGACAUUACUGGUAAAUUAAAUUUAAAGGUUAAAAAUGCUGUAGAAACCAUUAAUGAUGUUCAACGCCACCUUUGACUAAAAUUAUACAUGAACGGAUGACAUUUUUAGUGCACUUUGAAAAUGGUCCGUGCACGGUUCGUCCAUUCGAUAUUUUCGUUUUCUGUUCUACAGUCGACAGCAAAAAAGCCCAUCCACAACAUUAGUUCAAGUUUUUUUAUUACAAUUUCACCAAUGUAUAACCUGAUUCUACCUAAAACUCAUCGUUUAAGUUGAAUUCUGAGUUGAACCACUUAGCCUUGAGUUCCUUUAACCGCUCAAGGAUCUGUUUUAUUAUUUACUUUUGGUAGCUCAAUGGAGGACGCUUAUUCGAAACAGGGUGCUUACUAAGGGCAUGGCGCUUAUUUCUUUAAUAAGAAACAGCAGAAUGUGCGAAAUAAGCCUAUGCUGUUUAUCUGAAAGGGAUUAAGAAGACUGAAAAACGGGCGUGUUACUAACUAGAACGAAUAACCAAGUAUUCGUCGCAAAAUUUUAAGCACAGUCAUUUGUUUGAAGGAGCGGUGCACUCACUUGAAUAUAAUAGUUGAGAGACUGAGACUACGGCCACUAUUUUUAUAAUAGUGCUUUAAGUGAGCAGUUAAAGGAAGAUGAACCACAGUUGAUCUCCAUGUAAAUGUACUCUAACAGUACUAUUGCUGAUACAGAAUAUGGGCGUCCAUUGGAAUAGGGGUGCUUUAUUUGGAGAGGGGGUACUUAUGGGAACGAGGGCGCUACAUCGAAUCACUUCGGUAAUUUUGCCAACAUCGUCUUCAAGCCUUAUUGUUUGUUACGCCGACAACAACAAAAGCGGAAGAUGAAAUGGCGCUUAACCUAAGAUGCAACAGAUUGUUCUCUAGACAGAGCGAGUGAAAGCGACGGACAGAGGUAGUCAUUAUCAUCUGAUCAAAUUACCAGACAUAAAAGGGGUCUCAAUGGGGUGACAGUUAAUUCCUUACCAUUACAGUUAAAGAAAAGUUGUCAUGAUGAAAUUUAUUUACGACUUAUGAUUAAUUAUUGCCAAUUUUUACGGCUAACAGCUAAGUUUUUUUACCGUUUUACGACCAACGCUCGAAAAAACUCGUUGUAAGUCAGUAUUCCCUCAGUUCAAGCCCUCACGGGAUUAGGGAACACACUCAACAAAGCGUGUAAUGAACCAAGAGUCAAUUGUGACUCCGUGCUAAACGUAGCCUGGUGGAAUUUGUGAAGCAAAAAUCUACAGGUUAUUCUGAAUGAAAGUAAGUACGACUAAUGAAGUUAACCGCUUUUAUUAGCAAACAAAACUGUAUGGAGGCACAGCGAAAUGCAGUUUAGUUUCUUCCCUUCUUCCCCAAUAAAUUUCAUAGAAAUUGUUAGUGUCCACGCCUUUUAUUAAGGUUUUGGCUUUGGUUUAGCUUCCUCAGGAAGGUGUAAAGCCAGUCCUUCCCUUGUUAAAAAUGCCGACUCUGGGAAGCGGUGCUACAAGGUGAUGGACAGUCAGAAAGGUUUGGAGAGUGACGGAGAGAAACAAAGCAGUGGUAAAUGAAAACAUGACUUCCUCAUAUUUUGAUACUUUUUUAGAGACUUAUGGUGUUUAUCUUGUAAAAUAUAUUCAUGAAACAAUUUAAUAAUAUCAAUAACGAAAAUACAAACUAUGUUAAUGACAAUGAGAAGAUUAAUGGUAACUGACUGUGAAUAUAUGAAAAUCAUAUAUGUAACUGCGGAUAAAGAAGUGAAUGUGAAAGCGAUCUUCGCAGUUAAGAACACUACUCGAACAGUAGUGAAAAUAAGGCCUGAAAAAAAUUCAGCCUUGUACGGGAAUUGAACCCAUGAUCUCUGCGAUACCGGGCAGUGCUCUACCAACUGAGCUUACAAGCUUUGCUUUUAUUUGAUUGUGUGCAUGCGAACGUGUAAGCAAAUAAGACUGCAUUUUGACUAGUAUAUAUAUAUAUAUAAGGGACAAUGGAAAAAUAUUUUUGAAAAAUUCAUUUCCAAAGAGGAGUAAAAAACUAAGGGCUAAACUCUUGCUUCUUUAUCUAUCUUCAGGAAAGGUUCCAACCAGCCGUUCCGUUAAUAACCAUGUCAGAAAAAAUCAUUUUAACGUAGAAACCGCAAUGGAAUGCAACCAAACGACAGACAGGCAGCCAAGCUUCGGCGGUGACGGAACUUUGCAGCAGAUUUCUGGUAUUAAAAUAUUAUGUUUUUAAUAAUUUUUUUUUUUAACGAGGUACACGAGAAUAUUGAGCGUACAGACGAUUUGGUCAGAUUCAGUUGCAAUUACAUCCAAAAACAUGAAUCGGAACUAACUGACCAAAAUUCAAGCCCUCGAAUACUUAAGAUUGUUCUUUAGUUGGCAUCAGUGUAAGACCUUCAAAAAGGCCUAUACUGUCUUCAUUUCAGUUCAGAUUCGGCAGAGGUCAGAGAGGAAAAACAGUUAUUAGAAAUAUUCAACCUUAUCUUGCCAGGGUUUUUCAUUUAUCAAGGGGCAUAUUGUGGAACAGAUGUUUACAAUCAUUGCUGUAAACAAGUAAGUGUAAUAAUACAUAGCUUAGACAGGCCAGGAAUAUAGCUUUAAAGAGGCGACGUUCCCCCCCAAUCCUCUUCCUUUUCCCUCUGUUUUCUUUAUUUUUCUUUAUUUUUGUCUCUCGCAAACGUCAAUCAUUCAGCACCUUCAUUUACUAAUGGAAUACACUGUGAAGGCUACUGGCUAAAUUUAGUGGAAUAUAUCCAAUGCAUUUUUCUUUAUUGCCUACUUUUAUUGUUUCUGCAUAUUGUUAUUUUCUUUUCUUGAGGAAAGAACGAGGGUAAGGAAAAGAAUUUUAGAAUAUUUAUUCUGGUAUGUUUUCUUUACGUGCAUACGGUGUGCAACGACAAUAAUUCCACUUAUAAAUUGAAAUGUUCCUUCCUCAGAUAUGCGGUAAUCCAUCACAGAGCACAGGUAAAAGGAAGUAAAUUAACGUCAAAAGGACCAGUACAAAGUCAGAUUUAUGACUGAGCAGUAGUCCUUUUGACUUUUGUAUGGAUUUUUAACUGUUUACGUCUUGUUUGAUCAAGAUCGAUCGCUCACGCUGUGAACGUGGUACCUGAAAUUUUAAUUUGCCUAGGUAAAGACGCAUGCAUUAAUGCCCUAUUUAAACGGCUGUUUUGCACAGCCUCCCUUCGAGCGCCCGAAAAACUAUGCAGGUAAUCGCAACUUUUCACCUCAAAUUUUGGGGCUUUGUUCUCAAACUAGAAGUAUUUACAUGGAGCGCUCUCUUUCUCGGAUGUUACCCCCUUGUUCACAGUUUUCCUAUGGGGACAUGUCAGCUGGCGACUAACAAAUAUUUAAUUGUCUCCGUGUAAAAGCCAAAGGAAUAUCAGUCUAUGCUUGCAGUGUUGUAAUUAGAAUAUCGUCGGAUAUGCUUAUAAAAUGAUUAUUAAUGAAAACAAAAGCUAUAUCUUGAAUUGAACUUAACAAAAAAUUUUUAAUAAAAAGGAGAGGUUCUGAUUAAAUGGUGUUGUUUGAAAAUAAGAUAAAUACUCAUUUUCUAACAGUUCUUCUUGUUAUUUUCAGGACAACUUUUACUAUCUCGCUCUGCUCAAAGUCCAUCUUCACUACAACAUGAAAUAGACAUUAGGGACCUACCCAACGUAAUAUGACAAGCCUUCGUGGACUUCUAUACAAAAAAAUAUACAAAAUUUUUAAACUUCAGUUCGCUGAAAGUCACUUCCAGUGUUUUCUAGUGUUCGUUCAUGUCAGGGAAAGAGAAAAUUUAUUUUCAUUCAAGAGUACAGUUGGCGAGUCUCUUAAUCACAAAUUAACCUAGACAAGUAUCCCCCUUGUAUAAAAGAACAAAAAAACUUCCCCCAGUAAAUUCAAAAUAUCAUGAGUGAAGAGGCGCAGCUUGUUUAGUCUUUUUUUCACCAAUGCUCUUCGCCAAAACUAUUAUCGAAGAACCUCUUUGGGACUCCAUGUCUCAUUUUGCCCAAAAGAACACUUAAAUUCACGUAUUGGUCAUGAGGAUUCUAUAUCGGAAGUUUUAUAACGUGACGGACAAAUUUUCCAGUCAGUUAGAGUAGCAGCACUUAACAAAUCAACAAAUCGGUAACUAAAGCUUUGACAUUUACCCUAGCAGAGCGGAAUAAAGAUCGAGCAGCAGCCCAAAUCUAAAAAACAACCGGAAGGUUCAGAAGUAAUUUUCGAGUUGAAGGUGCAGGAGCAGGAUAAAUAUUCCUAUCAGUGGCUGAAAGAUGGAGCCGAACUGGAGGGAAAGUGCGAUGCCACCCUUAUCCUUGAUAACGUUGAGCUCCGUGAAUUUGGCUGGUACAAAUGUCGAGUUUGCUCUCGAGAAAAUUUUGGAAUCAACUGCGAGUCAUCACGGGCAUGGCUGGAUGUCGUCCCCAAAGUUCAGAAUGCAACAAGUAAGAACUGCUCAAAGUGUGAUAGAACCUUAAUGUCUUAAAUCCUUUAUGUGAAAAUAGCCUGCACGUGCCUUAUACUAGCUAUGGUAAACCUCUCGAGGUAAAAACCUAAUCGAACAUGUUAACAAAACCAGUCUUAUUUGCGACAGAGUCAUUGUUUAUAAAUUAAAAACAAGCCUUCAGUCUUAAAACUCUCACACACAACGAAAUAUGAAUCUUUUUGAAAGACUGGAUCUAAUAUGCUAAAAAUAGCUCAAAAUGGUGCGCCGACUCAGAUGCAUGCAAUUUAUUUGUUUUUUCUUUUCGUUGUGCAACACAUCAAACAACUUUGAUUAUUUAUUUAGAUGUCUCUUUUACCUCAUAGGACUAAAAAAGUUUAUAGACGUAGACCUAUCAACUUGUGAUAGCAUAGCUCUCUAUCUGAAUAAAGAUUUGCUACCUGGUCUUGGAGGUUACAGACAGGCGGCCGCUGUGUUUGGCAUGACGAGCGACAUGAUUGGAGCACUUGAAACAUGCAAGUCCCCUGGACAAGAGGUCAUCGAAUUUUUGAAGGCAGCCAAACCAGACAUAACAGUUUACACAGUUUGUAAACAGUUAAAGGACGACAAAAUGAGGCGUUUUGAUAUCGCAAAGAUCUUGGAGAACCAUCUUACAAUUACUUAAAGUGAAGUCUGGUUUAAAAGCUAAAAAUCUCAAAAUAUAUUUUAAUUUUAAAAACAGUAAAAUCCUCCUCGAACAUGUUCUGAAUUUCUUGUUUCUUUGGGUGCACACUUAAAAUUUGCAGAUCAGUAGGACCUAUUUUGUGGCGUAUUAAGGAGCCUUUUGAAAAUGCGCUUCGAGGACUACAUGAAAAAAUGCAUGUAAUCACUCCAAAGGCCAAUCAGAAUAUUCCAAGGAGCUAAUGAAAACUCAGGGAAAAUGUCUGUCUUAUGAACCGUCUUUAAGCUUGGGAAAACGCACGCAGACCAACUCAAGUCUUGGUUGAUUUUAGGUUUUGAAUUUAAUUGUCUAGCGCCAGGUGUUCGUUAUAACCAAAUAUACCGUAAAGGAGAGCAAAACCAAAACUAUCCGCCUUAGAAGCGCUUUUGACGCUCAGUUCAAAAUCCGCCCCGGCUGGCAAGCGAGUACAUGUAUAAGUUAAUGAAUAAGUGAAUACCGAAAGUGGUGCGUAAGUAAGAAAGUGAAUAAGUAAGAAAGGAAAUAACGUUGAAUUGUAACAUUUUGUGAAGCACCUAGUAAGUUACGUAUGAUUGAGUUAUUUAUUUAAAUGAAUCCAUACAUGUCGUUUAGAUUUGAAUUUAAAGUCCAAAUUAUCAGGGUUUUUAAUUAUGACAAUGAGAUUUCUGAUUUUAACCUUCUUGUGUAACUUCCUUAAUGGAAAUGCUUAGGUUUGCCUUGGACCUAUACUAAAGUUCUUAUUUUGGCUUUUGUAACAAAAAUUGAGUUUUGGUAAGCGUGUUGUUGUUUAUUCGUGAGAUCCUUGUGAAAGUGGUAGGGUCAAAGUUCCGAUAUCAAACGUAUAAUCCUCUGAGAUCAGUUGGCUCGCAUGCUCGCUCAUGCCUACC